AUGUCUGAGGAGCCAUGUAACAGACCUGUUAAAGUUCAGGCCAUAAUAGGAGAAACCUCCUCCUCUCCCAGCACAGCAAUAGCUACUGUUCUUGGACCAUUUCAUAUUCCACUGAUUUUGCUUCAUAUUCAAAAAAUACACUUCAAAUCCAAAGAAGGAGAAGAAGUGUACUUUAAUGAAAACGGAGAUCCAGCUGCAAAAUAUGAGAUUAUAAACUGGCAGCUAAAAGAAAAUGGAAUUGUGGACUUUGUCAGUAUUGGUUUCUAUGAUGCAUCAUUACCUGCUGUCAAACAGCUCAGUCUACAAAAUACAACUUUGAUUUGGGCUCAAAGUUCAAAACAGGUUCCUGUGUCAGUUUGCAGUGAGAAGUGUUCUCCGGGAACACGUAAAGUUCUCCAGAAAGGAAAACCAGUUUGCUGCUAUGACUGUGUUAGAUGUGCAGAGGGAGACAUCAGCAAUGUUACAGAUUCUUCCACCUGUGUGAGAUGUCCCCCUGAAUCCUGGUCAAAUGACAGAAGAGAUGCCUGUGUAACAAAGAAGGCUGAAUUUUUAUCAUAUACAGAAAUUAUGGGAAUGAUUUUCACAACUACAGCUUUAUUUGGAACAUGUUUGACUGCUGUUAUAGCUUUCAUCUUCUUCAGACACAGGACAACACCUCUUGUCAGAGCAAACAACUCUGAGCUGAGCUUCCUGCUGCUUUUCUCCUUGACUCUGUGUUUUCUCUGCUCUCUGACCUUCAUUGGACGUCCCUCUGAGUGGUCCUGUAUGCUCCGUCACACAGCUUUUGGCAUCACCUUCGUCCUCUGCGUCUCCUGUAUUCUGGGGAAAACAAUGGUGGUUUUAAUGGCGUUUAAAGCUACACUUCCAGGCAGUAAUGUGAUGAAACUUUUUGGGCCUACACAGCAGAAACUCAGUGUUCUGGGUUUUACUUGUAUACAAGUUAUAAUAUGUAUACUCUGGUUGACAAUUUCUCCUCCAUUUCCAUCCAAGAACUUUAAGGAAUUCAAAGAUAAAAUCAUUUUAGAGUGUGCUCUGGGCUCAGCUAUAGGCUUUUGGGCUGUAAUUGGGUACAUUGGACUUCUCGCUGUGCUGUGUUUUGUUUUCGCGUUUCUGGCUCGAAAACUGCCUGAUAAUUUCAAUGAAGCAAAAUUCAUCACAUUCAGCAUGCUGAUAUUCUGUGCAGUAUGGAUCACUUUUAUCCCAGCAUAUGUCAGUUCUCCAGGAAAAUUUAGUGUUGCUGUAGAAAUAUUUGCCAUUCUUGCUUCUAGUUUUGGACUGCUGAUUUGUGUCUUCAUCCCAAAGUGUUACAUCAUGUUACUGAAACCAGAAAAGAAUACAAAAAAGAAUAUAAUGGGGAAAAGAACACAUGAUUUAUUUUAA